GACUUUCUAAUCGUUGUUUUUGUGGUCAUUCAGUAAUCUUUUUGAUUUAAAUACAAUGCAUAUCACUCCAUAAACCUUCCAGACCCUGAUAUUUAAUUUUACGUUUAACGACAUACAGUAUGAGGUUUAUACAGCUGAUAAUUGGCUGUGAACAAUGUGUUUACUGUUUUUCCUGACUUUAUUUAUUCAGUAUACUCUGAGGAUAGAAUCUGAUGUAUUUUCACAGCUUGGACAAUAUGAGUUAUUUGAGAGACCAUCCUUUCGUAUCGCUCGAGAUAUUAGUGGACGGCAGACCAGGCAAACUGUAUUUUAUGCAUGGGGAAGAUCAUGGUAUUUGAUUCUUCAUCGUGAAACAUCGUUUCAUAAUUCUAACUUGUCAGUCAGAUUUAUCAGUACAAAUGGUACCUACUCUUUUUAUCCGAAAACAAAAUAUGCAGAAUUACAUACUGGCUAUGUAUCAGGUUCAAACCAAUCAUUUGUGUUAGCUCAUUUGGAACCAUACACUUCACUACUUAGCGCUCAUAUUCAUAUGGAAUCAGAUAUUUUUGUUAUUGAGCCAUUGUCUGAUUACACAAACUAUAUUGAAAAUAAUUCUAUGUUAAUGUAUCGCCUAAGAGAUAUUCAAUUUAAAAAGAUACGAAAUAAUUCGAUGAAUUAUAAAUCAGCCACUUUAUUGGCCCUAGAAACUGAUACAUUUGAUGUCUAUAUUAGACGAAAACGUUUCAACCCCAUACAAUUACAGCGCAAACUUUGUCGUCUUACACUCGUCGCUGAUUACGAUUUUUUCACUAAUUUGGGAAAUAGAAAUGGACCUAAAACUAUCAGUCAUGUUAUUAAAGUAUUUGACCGGUUAAAUUAUCUGUUUCUUACUUCAAAAUUUUUGGAUGAUAAGCAUGAUGAAAUGACUGGCUAUGGCUUUUUAUUACAUGAGAUCGUAAUCCAUGAAUCAUGGACAGCUGAUCACGGUCACUAUAAUUCACCAACUGAUUUAGGUGGGAAAAUCUGGACAGCUACAUCCCUGUUGCGUGCAUUUAGUCGAUUCGAUACGAAACAGUCUUGUUUGGCUCAUUUACUUAGCUACAAAAGAAUAGAUGAAGGCAUUUUAGGGAUGUCUUGGUUGGCCUCCCCGGAUCCAAAGAAGUUAGGCGGUAUUUGUUCCCCUCCUCUUCGUCGAAAUAAUAAAAAGGAUCUCUAUUUAAAUACAGGAUGGACUACUUAUGUAGAUUAUAAUGGUCAACAACUAGUUAACGCUUUGGCUGAAUUGAUCACGGCUCAUGAAUUAGGACAUAGUUGGGGCGCAGAUCAUGAUCCUGACACAGAUGAAUGCAAUCCUGCAGCUAUAAGUUCUGGAAAAUAUUUAAUGUAUACCUAUUCAGUUUCAGGUUACGCUGAAAAUAAUGGAAAAUUUUCACCAUGUAGUUUACGGACAAUUGGCGCUUGUUUGGUUACUCGUGCUCCAUUAUGUUUCGAAGAUUCAUCUGCGGCUCUUUCAAAUCUUUGUGGUAACAGUCGUAUUGAUGAGGGUGAAGAAUGUGAUGCUGGUCGAAAUCCACAUGAUCCUUGUUGUAGUUCUGAGUGUUUUUUUAGAACAGGUGCUCACUGUUCACCUUGGAAUCAUGGUUGUUGUACUUCUGAUUGUCAGUUAGCACCAAAGGAUACCAUUUGCGCACAAACUAGCAGUACUAAUCCUUGUUUAGGACCUGGUCAGUGUAAUGGUUUAUCAUCUAUUUGUCCAGGUCCAACACUUUUAUCCGGUGGUCAAUGUGAUGAAUAUGGGCGAUGUUUUCAGGGUAAAUGUCAUCCGUUUUGUUCUAGUCUUGGACUGGAAACUUGUAUCUGUGAUUCAGUUGAAGAAUCCUGCUUUAUUUGCUGUUUAUUUCCAACAUCAAAUUCAACCACAAAUCAAAGCACCAUAUGCCUCCCUGUUACAUUGUCCCAAAACGAAUAUCUAUUACAUUCUAAACAGAAUACUGUAAAACAUUCAGAAUCUUAUAAAUCCUAUUCAAUGAUUUAUCAUUCAAGACGAUCAACUCUGUAUUCUAUGCAUAAGUUUUUACUAUCCUCGUCUAACAUAUUACGGUUGUAUGAUAAACACUCACCAAAUGAUACUUAUCGUUCUGUUGCUGAUAAUAAAACUCAAAAACUAGCUACAACUGAUUUUAACAAUAUUAAUUCAUACUAUCAUAAACAACCUUUAGUACACAUUCAUUUGCAAGAUUAUCGGCCAUGUCUUAAUGGUUAUUGUAUGGCGGGAAAAUGUAUAGAAUCGAAAAGUAAGCGGAUAUUACGAUUUUGGACACCAGUUCAUUAUUCUAAACACAAGAAUCUCGUUCGUCUUGUUCUCAUCACUGAAUAUAAUUCUUAUUAUUGAGAAGAGAAUUUUCUAAUUUGUGUAUGUGUAUAUUCAUUUAAAUAUUUAUUAUCUUUAAUGAAUUAACCCAUCGAUAUUUGAAAGUCUUUGUGUAUUUGACAGUGUUAUAUAUAUUUCAUUGAAAUUAUGAACCGAUCAAAGUUGGACAACCAUCUAAAUCUUUGGAGCACUGUAAACCCGUUUCGUCCUAGUGUGAGACUUCUCAGCAGUGCCCAUCCACGAUUUUGUAGGCGGGAAACAAACCCAGGAAUUGAAGUCUUGCACACAUAAGCUUAACCAUUCUCUCUAUACGAAUACACAGUUAUCAAUUAUUAUACAUAUACAUAUAAUCAUUAAAAGCAUUAAUGAAUCUCCUAACAACCUCUCCACAUUAUAAAAUUGAUCUUGUGGUUCAAAGAUUAUUGGGUUGUGAGAUAAAGAAUCUUGUUACUAUUACCGACAUAUUUGGGUAGUUGACUUCAAGCCAUCCUCUUAUUGUGAAAACUAGUGAUAAUAUCCGGAACCUGGUGUAUUGGGAUUCGGGCCUGCGACUUAGCGACUGAAGAUCGAAUGCCUGAACCAUCGCCCAGCAAUCAUGUAUAUACAUACUGGGAUGUCAAUUAUAAAAUACUGGGGGUUAAUGGUAAUACCUACUUUUCUAUAGCUCAUUAGGUACAUCAAGUUUCAAAUUUGUACCUCACUAACUGCAAGUUAGAUGUAUGGUAAAUCAAUGAGUCAUAAUUUAAUUAGAUAAAUAGAGAAAUACGCGGAUGUUAUUUUAUUUUCAGUUAUCAAAUAAAUGAAUUUCAUGUCAUAAACAUUUAAGUUACUUCUAAUUAUACAUUUUACAUUGGUAGAACGUCCGUUUGUUUAAUCAUAUUUUCAAUAAACAGUCAUUAUAUCUUUAAAAAUUGAGUUCAUGUUUUUGAACUUUAUAAUGUAUUACACUUUCCAAACUAUGAAAUCCAUAUGUAUCACAUCAUAGCUUAUUUCUUAAACAUUAAAUCACCACCUGUUCUGAUUACCACUAUUUCCAAAAAAAUAUAAAAAACAGAUAUUUCGA